AUGUAAAAAAUUAAAUAUGAUCUGAUCACAAAAAUAUCCUAAGGAAAAGAGGAUCAUAGAAUGACUAAAUUACUAGUUUAUCUUACUGCCUUGGAUGAAAUAUACAUAUUUAGUGGAUCAAAUUCUCUACAUUUGUUGGUUGAAAUAAAGGUCUUUUAAAAAUAUUAGAAUUAAAAAUACUUCACUAUUAGGAGCAAAUUUUUGAAAUGUGACUUAAGUGGAUCUGAAUUUGAAAACAUCUUAUUGGAGGAAUGA